AUGCCGCCUCGCAAGCUGAAACGCAGUGUGUCUGCGGAUGUAGAAGGCAGACCCAGUAAGGCCCCUGCAGAGAUUGCAGUUUCAGGGCUGGAUUCUGAGCCGGCAGAAGCUGCAGGAGCUUCCAAAGAAGCUGGUGACGCUGGUGACGCUGGUGAUGUCAAGAUCAGUCGAUUUGCCAACCAGGACCUUGUUCGAGAUGUUGUGAUUGGCUAUACUGGGGAUGAGGAUGAGGACCCGCCUCAGGCGGGCUCUUCAAAGGAGCGUCAUAACCGAGACGUCCAGCAGAUGAUUUCUGAAGGUUUGGAUGUCCCGAUUGCCAAGGAUCAACGCUCGAGCUAUGUGUGGGUCGCAGCGUCCAAAGUCCCGGAAAAUCAAGGAGUUGAAGGAAAUAUUGAGAUGCGGAAGAAAAAAUACACAUGGAAUCCUGAAGAAAUUCAACCAGUGGACGCUGUGCGGUCAAAGCAGCUUCGGUGUGAUAUUUGCGGAGCUCUUUGCACCGAGGUGCUGUACGAGUUCCGCUGCUACAAGCGCAUGCGGCCAGAUGAGCCUCGUUCUGUAGGAAGACGACUCCACCCUUUUGUGAGCUAUAUUUCCAAAGAAUGUGGACAAGGGCUUCUAGGCAAUCCCAGUGGAGCUUCCAAGCUGAGAGAGCGCAUCUACCGACUCCUGAUGGACACAGAUGGUUUGUCAGCUGUGGAAGAGCUUGAGGCGAUGCAAAAGCACGAAAAAUGUGUAAGCAGUCGAAAAGAAACAGUCGAACACUUUACAUCACUUUACAUCACUUUACAUCACUUUACAUCACUUUACACUUUGUUUCUCGGGGCAGGAAGUCUGGCGCCUUGGUAA